AUGUCAGAUCUCACGUUCAGCAAGGAGUCGCUCGGCCACGCACUGAUAACAGGCGGCUGCGGCUUCCUCGGCCACCACAUCGUGAAUCUCCUCCUCGAGCGCCAUCCUUCUACACGCAUUACGGUCCUCGACCUGCGGACCAACCUCAACCGCAACCCCUCCCCUCAAGUAACCUACUAUGAUGGCGACAUCACCGACGCAGAGUUCAUCAACGAAUUGCUCGAGAGGCUGAGGCCUGAUGUGGUAAUACAUACUGCGUCUCCACACGCGUUUGCGGCAAAAGAGGUGCUGUGGAAGGUCAAUGUCGAGGGGACGAAGGUGCUGCUGGAGGCGGCGCAGAAGAGCGGGGUCAAGGCUUUUGUGCAUACGAGCAGUGCGAGCUUGAUUAUGGAUCGGAGCAUGACGAUCAUCAACGCGGAUGAGCGGUGGCCUGUUGUCAUGGGGAAGGAGCAGCCGGAGUAUUAUACCACUACGAAGGCACACGCCGAACUCACCGUCCUCUCCGCCAACCGCACCCCGCCAACCUUCCUGACAACCGCCCUCCGCCCUGCCGGCAUCUUCGGCGAAGGCGACGGCCAGACCCUGCCGGGGAUGCUCAACGUGCUGGCACAAGGCAAGCACACCUUCCAGAUCGGCGACAACGACAACCUCUUCGAAUUCACCUACGUGCGCAACGUCGCGCACGCCCACAUCCUGGCCGCCAACGCUUUGCUCGCCACCGCCUCCAUGGCUCCCACCGCCCCCCUCGACAACGAGCGUGUGGACGGCGAAGCCUUCUUCAUCACCAACGACGCGCCCAUCUACUUCUGGGAUUUCGCGCGCAUGGUGUGGUUCUAUGCGGGGGAUCGCACACCGUUGAGUAAGGUGUGGGUGCUGCCGGAGGGCGUGAUGACUACGCUGGGGGGAGUGAUGGAGUGGGUUUAUGGGGUUAUGGGGAAGAAGCCGGCUAUGACGAGGGCGCAGGCGAGGUAUGCGUGCAUGACGAGGUAUUUUGACAUUAGUAAGGCGAAGACGAGGCUCGGGUAUAGGCCGAUUGUGGGGCUGGAGGAGGGGAUCAAGAAGGGAGUGGCGGCGGCGAUGGAGGAGAAGAGGAAGGAGGAAGAGAAGAAGGGGCAGUAG